UUAUGCGUGCCCGAUACACUAUAGCCCUGAAAUAAUCAUCCUUACUCGACUAGUUCGCUAUGGAUUACUUACGCGCCAUCUCUUCGUACGGCCUUGGCCUGUGGGAUCAAGGUAGUCUAUCCCCAGUCGCCGCCCUCGGGAUAUCCCUAGGCGUACUGUUCCACCUUACUAUCGCGCAGAUGGAAGAGAUAGAACGUUUUAUGUACACUCUUAUGGGAGCUAUACCACUUCUUAUGCUCGGCAUCGUUUCUAUUUCUAUGUUUCUGGGGUCUUCCCUUUUGGGUGCCUUCACCAGAUUAUGCAUUUUGGCAACUACUUUCAACGCGGGCCUCUUUUCAAGCAUGAUCAUCUACAGAAUUUUCUUUCAUCGAUUGAGAAGAUUUCCCGGGCCCUUCGAUGUCAAGAUCUCCCUUUUUUUCUCUGUGCUCAGGGUUGCGAAAGAAGCCAAGUACCAUGACGACCUUGCCAAUAUGCAUGAGCAGUAUGGCGAUUUUAUUCGUACAGGACCGCGGCAGCUUUGUAUAGUUCGAGAUUCGGCAAUCCCAAUUAUAUACGGCCCUAAUGCAAACUGCCACAAGCCGAUUGCGUACAUGGGUGCCAGCCCUGAUUCCAAAAAAGCAUCCCUCCACGGCUCACAUGACCCCGAUGAUCAUAGGAAAAGGCAUAGGGCUUGGGAUAAAGGAUUUUCGAUCAAAGCAUUACAAACCUACGAGCCUCGAAUUAGAACGUUAGUUACUAAGCUCGUCCAUCAAAUCUCGCGUAAAGAUGUGAUAGAUGCGACAGCUUGGUCCAUGUACCUCACUUUCGACGUCAUGGGCGAAGUUGGAUUCGGGAAAGACUUCGGCUGCGUCUCAGACGGGAUAACUCACCCCGCAAUUCAGGGCAUUCGCGAUCAUAUGCACAUUAUAGGUGUCAUAGGCCGUGUUCCCUGGUUUUUGAACAUUAUCGGGCAUAUUCCAGGCGCGUCAAAGGCAUACCGACCCUUCUUUAGUUAUUGUCAAUCUGAAGUCGACAAGAAACGGGCGAGUAUCGAUCCCGAGAAAUAUCCUCAAGAUAUCAUGACGUGGCUACUAAAAGCUGUCAUCGAAAAGGACGUUUCCGCUUCGCCAACGGAAAAGUCGCUUUCCGAGGACGCCAGAACACUUAUAGUUGCAGGAAGCGAGACGAGCGCUACGGUCUUAGCGAACACUCUAUUUUACUUGGCCAAAUACCCUCACGUCUUAAAGAAGCUGCAAGCUCAGAUCGACGACGUCAUGCCAACUCCGGCGGACUGGACGUACGAAAAGGUGAAAUCGAUUACGUACCUGGACAACGUCAUCGACGAGACCCAGCGUCUAAAGCCCGCUUUACUUACCGGAGGAUACCGACGGACGCCACCGGAGGGCGUUCAAAUCGACGAGCAGUUCAUCCCGGGAGACGUAUCCGUCAUCGUGCCCACACAGCUAAUCCAGACGCAUCCGCGUUACUGGAAGCAGAGUAGGGACUUUAUACCAGAACGAUUCGGAGAGCGGAGUGCCGAGAUGGGAACCAAAGAAGCGCCCUACAUGCCUUUCAGCCUCGGGACGUACAGCUGCCCUGGUAAGAACCUGGCCAUAAUGACCUUGCGGAUCGCCAUCUCCAGCCUUGCGCAGCACUUCGAUAUCACAUUCGCGGCUGGCGAGACGGGAGAAAUCUUCGAUAGAGAAGUGAAAGAUACAUUUACUAGUUACCUGAAACCUUUGAAUCUAAAGUUCUCACCUAGAAAGUGA